AUGGCAAUGGCACAGCUUACAUUCGAUCAAGCUAGUGAGCUGAUCCAAGGUUGGUAUUUUGAUAUGAGUGUGGAGUUUUUAGCCGACGAUGAACUGAAUUAUGAACUGACUGCCCGUUCUGUCAGUUUGUCUAUCGGUCUCGAUCGCUCACGAAAACGCAAGUGGCUGCGAGACCAAUUGAAGGUGGAAAGGGAUGAUCCGUCGGGAAAAUGCCCACGAAGAGUAGUGGGUGAUCCUACUGUGGAAGUCGAGGUUUGUACGUAUAAGUUUUCUGAGUUAAAAGGUUGUUUGGAACAGGAGAAUUUAGAGGAAAAGAAGGUUUGUUUUACUAGAAUGGUACAUGUCGGUAUGCGUUUAGUGACUGUGUUAAGAGACUCGCGGGGGUCGCCUAACCUGCACAGUCAGUUGCAAAAUACGGUAGUUGAGUUAGCGGAGAUUGUUGAUAAUUUCUUUCGGGGUACUGCUUCGUCUUCACAGGGGGAUCAGCAAGAGGGAAAUGAUCUUUUAGCUCUGUUGGAUGCAGACAAAGCAGAUGAAAAUCCUAGACCGAGAGUUUCCGUUCUCAGUCAGGAUGACCUUGAUUGGAUCCAUUCGUUGCAAGCAAGAAUUACGGAUCUAGAAGCCGACUUAGCUCGACGAAAAGAAGUAAAAGAUGCUGUAACUCAAACUCUUCCCGAUCAUGCUCAAAUUACUUCAUAUUCACAACACCCCGAUACAAAUUUCAGAACAUUUCAAAACUAUAAUUUUCCGCCUAUAAAGCCUUCCAAUUCAUUCGAUACUUCAUCUAGUUACCAUAAUUUUCGAAAUAUCCCAGAUCGUACAUUAUAUUCUAAUAAUAUACCAGUUCCCAACAAUACAUACAAUAUUCCCUAUCAUCCGACGGGAAUUUCUAAUCCUACUGGAGCAAAUCCCGAAAUGUACAACCAUGCUUCGGCUAUCCCAUCUUUCCCUAAACGAAAUUCACCUCCCAUGUAUAAUGGUGUUCUGCACAAUCCGUACCCCGCACCGUACCACAACCGUCACACUCUUCCUGUGUCCAAAUGGAACAUCACUAAAUACAGUGGUGACGAUCAAGGGCUGAAGCUAAAUGAGUUUCUGGAAAUUGUACAGGCUUUAUCCCAAGCUGAGCAUGUAUCGGAGGUCGAGCUUUUCGAGUCGGCUGUGCAUUUGUUUGUUGGUUCAGCGCUCAAGUGGUAUAUGGCACAAAGAACCACUGGUAGAUUGAUGAAUUGGCAGCAUUUGGUAUUUGAAUUAAAACGCACCUACAUGCACCCUGAUUUGGACGCGUUGAUCAAAAUGAAAAUUUACCAGCGUCGUCAACAAAAACAUGAAUCUUUCCACGAGUACUAUUUCGAAAUCGAGAAACUGUUCAGAACCAUGAGUGUUCAGAUUCCCGAUUACGAAAAAGUACAGAUUCUACAGCAGAAUAUGCGAGUAGAUUACAAGCGACAAAUGACAUUUAUUCCGAUAGUCGACCUUGAAACACUUGUUGCUGCUGGACAGAAAUUAGAUGCAUUAAAUUUCUCGGCAUACAACAAGGUUUUCGGGACGGACAGGAAUGUCCAAGUGGUCGAAAGCUCUGAAAACAAUUCGAAGAAAAAAAAUAAGAACCAAUCCCAGACUCAACAGGUGAUAGAUCAAAACGCAGCAGUGUCUCAGGUCAACCAAAAUAGAAACAAUUCACACACAUCCACUAAUUCGUCUCGUCCCAAUCAACUUCCCAACAAAAACAACCAAUCCUUAUCGAACACCCAAACGAGUCAAAAUUCGUCUCAAAAUACCGCCCGACCAGACCGGGUCGCGGUGCCAUCUGGGUUCAAUUCUCGUCCACAGUUCACGUUGGAAGAAUUGAUAAACACGCACAUUCCCCCACCGGCCAAUACCUGUUACAAUUGCGGGAGGAUUGGUCAUCACGUAGCGAUGUGUAGACAGCCCCGGGGCAUAUUUUGCAACACCCAACGCGUAAGUCAAGACCGUUUUCUUCAACGUACGCCUCCCCCUUACUGGGUGCAGGCCACCAGAGAUAUUUACCCAGAGUCUACGGAAAUUCUUCAAAUUACUUACCCUGUCCCCCACGAUAACCGGCCGUACGCACACGUAAAGAUUUACGGUUACCCGGUACGUGCUCUCCUGGACAGCGGUAGCAAUCAUACGCUUAUUAGCGAAACCCUUUUUUCGCAAUUGAAGUACAAAAAGUUGCAUCGUCCCUCCAAAAACGUGAUUCUACGGUCUGCAAGUGGAGAUGAACUGCAAAUUCAAGGUCAGGCUCAUCUUCCAUUUGCUUUCCAAGGAUGUGUGAAAAUAGUUCCUACUUUGGUAGUUGCAAAUCUGUCCAUAGAUUGUAUCUGCGGAAUGGAUUUUUGGAGGAAAUUCAAAAUUCAGCCCGCGAUGCAAAACUGCGGAGGGAUUGAGUCCACUGCGUCGGCAUCUAUUACCGAACACCGUAGUUCUGCAAAUAUUUUGACCGAUGAUGAAAUUAUGGUGAUCGAGAACGUCAAAAAACUUUUCCUUCCUGCUCAAGAAGGGAAAUUGACCCUGACCAACCGAGCUCAGCAUCGUAUCGUGUUGGGAAAGGAAUGGAAAAAUAAACCACCAGUCCGCCAGUUUCCAUACGUGAUGUCUCCUAAGACGCAGGAUCUGGUAGCCGUCGAGCUGGAACGACUGUUGGUUUUAGGGAUUUUGGAACGGAGCAACUCGGAUUGGUCGCUUAACUGCGUGCCGGUCAUCAAGCCCAACAAAGUUCGGCUCUGUUUGGACGCGCGCAAGAUUAACGAGCGGACUGUUCGGGAUGCUUAUCCGUUGCCUCAUCCCGGUCGAAUUUUAGGUCAACUUCCCAAGGCUAAAUACCUGUCCACGAUAGACCUGUCUGAAGCGUUUCUCCAGGUUCCAUUGGACCAAGAAUCGCGGAAGUACACGGCCUUUUGUGUACAGGGCAAAGGGCUAUUCCAAUACACACGGAUGCCUUUUGGGUUGAUCAACAGUCCUGCUACGUUAGCACGACUGAUGGACAAUGUCCUGGGCCACGGGAUGCUUGAACCGUACGUCUUCGUCUAUCUCGACGACAUUGUUGUGGUGACGGAGACAUUCGAACACCAUGAACGCCUUCUAGUGGAGAUUGCACACGGUCUUCGAGCCAACCCGGAAAAAGUUCGUCCUAUUGUCGAAUACGAACGGCCCAAUACCGUAACAAAACUAAGGAGAUUCCUAGGAAUGGCUAAUUACUAUCGGCGCUUCAUCUUAGACUUUAGCGGGGUGACCGCUGCACUCACAAACCUUCUGCAAAGCAAAACGAAAACCAUCCGUUGGAACGAUGACGCCGAACAGGCAUUUUGCGAAAUCAAAGAGCGGCUGAUAUCUUCACCAGUCUUGGGCAGUCCUGAUUUCAACAAGGAGUUCUGUAUCCAAACGGAUGCUAGUGACGUGGCGGUAGCUGGGGUUCUCACACAAGAACAGGAUGGGGUAGAGCGGGUCAUUUCAUUCUACUCCCAUAAACUGACAACGCCCCAGAAGAACUACCAUGCCGCAGAAAAGGAAGCGCUUGCAGCCAUUCUCGCCAUCGAUGCAUUCCGUGGGUAUAUUGAGGGUUACCAUUUCACCCUAAUAACCGAUUCUUCCGCGCUGACCCAUAUACUCAGUACAAAAUGGAAGGUCGGGUCACGAUGCAGCCGAUGGGCGUUGAAUCUGCAGCAAUUCGAUAUGACCGUCAAGCAUCGCAAGGGCAAGGAGAACGUGGUUCCGGACGCCCUCUCGCGAAGCAUCGCAGCUGUUCAAGAAUCGUCGUGGUACGCGUCAAUGUCCGACAAAGUGGCCCGCCGGCCCGAUGAUUUUGUAGACUUCAAGAUCGACGAUGGUAAACUCUUUAAGUUUAUCACCGUGAACGAUAAUCCCUGUGAUACUCGCUUCGAGUGGAAAAUGAUUCCCCCGCCCACCGAAGUUCCAAAUAUUCUUCGACAGUAUCACGACGAUUGCUUUCAUCCAGGCUACGACAAAACCCUUGCACGGAUCCGUCAAAGAUUCUACUGGCCUAAGAUGGCAGUUGAAAUACGGCGGUACGUUCAACAGUGUGGAAUGUGCAAGGAAGUCAAAGCUUCUUCCGUCCCUGUUGCACCUGCCAUGGGAAACAUGAAAAUUGCCACCCGCCCUUGGCAGAUCGUAUCAGCGGAUUUCAUUGGCCCUCUCCCCCGCACUCGUCGCGGUAGUCAGCACAUUUUGGUAGUUUGUGACUACUUUUCGAAAUGGGUAAUGGUUCAGCCUGUGAGGAAUGUCAGUAGUGCCCCCAUUUUCAUUUCCAAAGAUUUCAAGGAGCUGUUGGAUCGUUUCAAAGUUGCCCACUGGCUCAACUCACGAUAUCACUCACAGGCAAACCCGGUCGAAAGAGUCAACCGAACUAUCAAUGCUGCUAUCAGGACAUACGUGAGGGAGGACCAACGCCUUUGGGACACUCGUGUUUCGGAAAUCGAGAUGGUUUUGAAUACCAGUGUUCACUCGUCGACUGAAUUCACACCAUACUUCAUUACUCACGGGCACGAGUACUCUGAAGUUGGCACCGAUCAUUUACUCACCCGUCUCGAUGUACAGCUGACUUCGGAAGAGAUGGAAGAACGACGAUCGAAAAUGUUUGAGCGAAUCUACGACCUUGUCCGCAAAAAUCUGGCAAAAGCUCACAACGCUUCCCAACAGCACUAUAAUUUACGGCACCGCAAGUUUGCACAAGCUUUCGUAGAGGGACAGCUGAUAUACCGCAGAAACAUGAAACCGUCUAGUGCAGCACAGAACUAUAAUGCCAAAUACGGCCAACAAUUCCUUCCAUGUCGUGUCAAGGCGAAAAUCGGAUCGUCUUCCUAUGAGCUGGAGGAUUUGAACGGCAAAAGUUUGGGUAUUUGGCCAGCUGUUCAUUUGAAACCCGGUUAG